AUGUCAGACCCAGCCACUCCCCCAGCCGACUCCCAUAUCAACCAUGCAGCCUCCUUGAAGUACUGGGACAGCCAACCCGCCACGCCGGGGAGCAUGCUGGGCGAAUUCCCCUCAGUCUCACGCAUUGACCUGCAAGGAUCAAAGGGCUUCCUAGCCAAAGUCCGCCGCUUAAUCCCAGGACUCCCCUCCGAAGGCAAAUUCGCCCAGGGCGUAGAUUGCGGCGCAGGCGUCGGCCGAGUGACGGAGGGAUUCCUGAGCCAGGUUUGCGAAAAAGUCGAUGCUGUAGAGCCCGUUGCCAAAUUCACCCAAGCCCUGCAGGAUAGCGCUAUAGCAAAGACCGGCGUUGUAGGCACCGUUUACACCAAGGGUCUGGAAAACUGGUACCCCGAGCGGAAAUACGAUCUCAUCUGGACUCAGUGGUGUGUGGGCCAUCUGACGGAUGUCCAGCUGAUUGAUUACACCGUGCGGUGUCGUAACGCUUUGACGGAGAAUGGUUUGAUGGUGGUCAAGGAAAACUUGUCAACCCAUCACCUUGGACAGGACAUGUACGACCCUGAGGAUAGCAGUGUUACCAGAACAGAUGCCAAGUUCAGACAGAUCUUUCAGGCUGCUGGGAUGACAAUUAUCAAGUCGGAAUUGCAGAAGGGGUUCCCCAAGAGUUUCAAUCUUCUUCCUGUACGGUCUUAUGCUCUGCGGCCAUCCACGGAUUAG